CUUCAGCUCUACAAAGCUGCACGGGUGAGUUUCUAUCCAACAGAGGUAACACAGAGUAAACUCUUCAGCAUGAAGUUUUUCAUCAGAAUCAAGUUCUCUCUGUUUUGUGGAGCUUUAUCUGCAGCACAGCAGUUUAACUGGAACUUUCAGCCUGCACCCAACAGUUUUAGAGACUGGAGAUCGAACCAGGACCGGCCUAAAGUCCAGGAACCUGCAGCUGUCCCCCAGGAGAAGCAGUCUGUCCAUGAACCCUUGUCUUGGAGGUUCCCGGAGCCGCCAGCUGAGGAGGUACCUCGGUUCCCUUCAGACUUUGAGUUGAAGGCUCCGUUGGCGGCCAAUAGCGUCAGCGCCAUCUGCGGGGAAAACUCUGUCCGGGUGGAGGCCAAGAAAGACCUGCUGGGGAUUGGUACACCGGUCCGGACUGCAGACGUCACGCUGGGAGGAUGUCCUGCCACUGGGGAAGACGAUCAGGUCCUGAUCUUUGAGUCUGAGCUGCACAGAUGUGGAAGCGAGCUGCUGAUGUCCGAGGACUUGUUUACCUACGCCUUCACGCUGCUCUAUACUGCCAGUCCUCUGGGGGGAAGUCAAAUCAUCCGAACAAGAGACGUCCAAGUCAGCAUCCAGUGUCAAUACCAGAGGAAGCAUGAUGUGAGCAGCGGGCUACUGGAUCCGACCUGGAGUCCCUUCAUUUUCACCACAGAUGCAGAGGAAAGUCUCGACUUCUCCAUCACGCUCAUGACUGAUGAUUGGCAGUCACCUCGGCCAUCUGCUCAGUUCCUGCUGGGAGACAUGAUGAAGUUUGAAGUUUCACUCAAACGGUUUCAUCACAUCCCUCUCAGAGUGACGGUGGACCGCUGCGUGGCCACCAUGUUGCCAUCCGUCGACACCGUCCCUCGAUACUACUUCCUGGGAAACAGCGGGUGCCUGUUUGACAGUCAGCUGACGGGCUCCAGCUCUCAGUUCCUGCCUCGGUCUCAGGACGACAAACUGCAGUUUGAAGUGGAGGCAUUCAUGUUUCACCAGGAAGACAGCGGCAUUAUCUACAUCACCUGCGGUGUGAAAGCCACAGUGGCUACUGCAGCUGUUGAUGCCACUAACAAGGCCUGUUCAUUCUCCAAUGGGUGGAAGGAGGCCAGUGGCAGUGAUCGAGCCUGUUCCUGCUGUGAUACAGACUGUGGGGCAGGAAGCCAGAGUCCCCUGACUGGAACAGGUGCUCCGUGGCAUCAGGAAAAGGUGGUUGGACCAAUCGCAGUGAGAGAGAAACCUCUACGCCUGUUAGCGGGCUCAAAAGAGUUCAGGGGCUCCCAGCUUCAUGACUUGACUUCACAACACCUCAAAUUAUUAUCAUUAAAUGAGAAAUGUUCCGAUUGGGAUAUAGAUUUGUAUUUUGUGAUCAACAGUUCAAUCAUGAACUUCAACAACAUUAAACAAAAUAAAAAGAACAAUCCAAGAAAUCCAGUGGAAAGCAUUUGCUUUCAAUUGAUUUGUUCACUCUUUUUUUUUUUUUUUCCUUUUUUGUACCAAAUAUGAAUCAAAUUAAAUACU